AUGAUCAGUUGUCCUUUUCAAUCAGGUGGUGAUAUAAUUAUUUUUCAAAGAUCUCCUCUUUUCUUAUAAGUUUUUAACUUAAGGGGCACAAGGUGUUUAAGUGUUACUUGGUCAAGUGUUCAUUCCUGUAUGUUUUGACUGACACUUAUAAAGACACUGCCACAUUCAGAAGGUAAUUCAAUUAUUACUGCACCACAUUUAUCUGACAACCUUAGUCCAUUGCUCCUUUUCAGAUUAAGACUUUAAAAUGAAAACACGUUUUUAAUGCAUUAUUAAAGAUUUGAACAGUGGUUUCCACAGUAUUGUAUGACUUUCAGUCACAAGGGAUUUGUUUACACAGAUCAGGAACUUCAAAUACUGUCAUUAUGGUCCCUUGAUAAUAUUUCUGUACUAUUUUGAGUAAAACAUUCAAUCAAGGACUGUUACUCUGCAUAAUGUGGUAUUUGUACUUUUACUCAAGCAGAUCUUCUAAGUAGCCUAUACUUCUUCCAUCACUGUCCAUGGUGAUGAACCUUGCCUCUGUACAGUGCUGGAGCCAUUAUUCUUCAUCUGAAACAAUACUCAGGGUAUUUAAGUUGUCUUUUUGGCGACAUAUUGAGCACGUAAUGGAAAUGGUUGUAUUCAAUGAGAUCUUUUUCUUUUCUUUCCUACUAUCACUUGCUUUGUGGCUUUUCUCAUCUGAUAAUUUACCAGUCACGUGGAGGCAGGUAAAUUAAUGUUGGGGUCAGUUUAGUUUUAAUUAAGAAUAUUUCCUAUUAUACGGCUGUAAAGAUAAAAUGAGACUGAUGGUGUCGCUGUUGACUGACAGACGUUUAACGCACACCCCUCCACCCAGGACUACUAUGUGGGAAUCGCUUGUAAUUUACCAGAGAGCCAGUUAAAUCCUUGGGAAAUAUUUUGUCGUGUUUCGUCGUGCCAUUAAGUGCUGGAUUAUUGAAACCUUUUCCAUCAGUUUUAUUCUUUUGCACUGGACACCAAGUCGUGCACGCUCAGGACACGUUUUGUGUCAGGAUGGGAGACAAAGGAUUCAAAGCUCUUCCUCCGGUCUUCUGCUUCGUGUCUUUUAUUCUAACGCUGCACCUCGUUUAUGGAGACCUGAGUUAUUCUUCACCAGAAGAGAUGAAACGAGGUUCUGUUAUUGGAAAUGUAGCGAAGGAUCUCGGUAUUGAUAUCAGAACCUUAUCUUCCCGACAGACCCGUGUUGACUUUGGUGGAAAUCGGAAACGGUACUGUGAUAUUAAUUUGAAUACUGGAGAUUUGAUCACCACAGAGAGAAUCGACAGAGAAAACCUUUGUGGAAAGAGACCGUCGUGUGUUCUGAAAGUAGAUCUGGUGUUAGAAAAUCCUUUGGAGCUUCAUCGUGUGAGUCUUCAUGUUCAAGACGUAAACGACAACUCGCCACAAUUCAAUGAUAAUCUGAUUGAAAUGGAAAUAAGGGAGUCGGCAGAUAAGGGAAAUCGCUUUUCGAUCGAGGAGGCCCAUGACGCAGAUAUAGGUCAAAAUGCUGUUCAGAGGUACAACCUGCAAAAGAAUGAAAACUUUAUUCUCGCUGUUGAUAAUAACAAGGUUGAACUUGUAUUGGAGAAUACGCUUGAUCGAGAGAAACAAAAGGAGAUGAAUCUGCUUCUGACAGCUUUGGAUGGUGGCUCUCCUCAGAGAUCAGGCACCGUAGUUAUACACGUCACUAACGUGUCACCUGGUACAGAGGUGGGCAUCAUCAACGUGCAGGACAGAGACUCUGAGACAAGCGGACAGGUUCGCUGCUCCAUUCAACAAAAUGUCCCUUUUAAGUUAGUUCCUUCUAUUAAAAACUAUUAUUCUCUGGUGACCACAGGACAACUGGACCGUGAACUAAUGUCAGAUUACAACAUUACAAUCACUGCCACUGACGAGGGCUCUCCACCUCUGUCCUCCUCUAAAACUGUUCAGUUAUCUGUAGCUGACAUAAACGACAACCCACCUGUGUUUGAGGAACAGUCCUACAGCGCAUAUGUGACUGAAAAUAACACACCUGGCUCCACUUUAUGUUCCGUUACUGCUCGAGACCCCGACUGGAGACAAAACGGCACAGUGGUUUAUUCUCUGUUACCUACCGAGGUGAACGGUGCCUCUGUUUCCUCCUAUGUAUCAGUUAACGGAGACACGGGGGUGAUCCACGCUGUGAGGUCGUUUGAUUAUGAACAGUUCAGGAGCUUUAAAGUCCACGUGAUGGCCAGAGACAACGGUUCUCCUCCGCUCAGCAGCAACGUGACCGUCAGCGUCUUCAUAUCGGAUGUGAACGACAACUCUCCUCAGAUACUGUACCCCGCCCCGGAGGGCAACUCCUUCAUGACCGAGCUGGUCCCCAAAGCUGCACACGGAGGCUCUCUGGUGUCCAAAGUGAUCGCGGUGGACUCGGACUCCGGACAGAACGCCUGGCUGUCCUAUCAUAUAGUCAAAUCCACUGAUCCGGGACUUUUCACUAUUGGUGUCCACAGCGGAGAGAUCAGGACACAGCGGGACAUUUCUGAAUCUGACAGCAUGAAACAGAACCUUAUUGUGGCGGUGAAAGAUAACGGACAGCCCUCUCUGUCUGCCACCUGUUCCAUGUAUUUACUUAUUUCUGAUAACUUGGCUGAGGUGCCAGAGCUGAAGGACAUUUCUUAUGAUGAGAAGAAUUCAAAACUGACCUCCUACCUGAUCAUCGCGUUGGUCUCUGUCUCCACCUUUUUCCUGACCUUCAUCAUCAUCAUCCUGGGUGUGAGGUUUUGUCGCAGGAGAAAGCCCAGAAUGUUGUUUGAUGGAGCUGUCGCCAUCCCCAGCGCUUAUCUCCCUCCUAAUUACGCAGAUGUUGACGGCACAGGAACUUUACGCAGCACUUACAAUUAUGACGCCUACCUGACAACAGGUUCUCGAACCAGUGACUUUAAGUUUGUGACAUCUUACAAUGACAACACACUGCCUGCUGACCAGACUCUGAGGAAAAGUCCUUCUGACUUUGUCGAUAUGUUUGAAGGUGUUGAUGAUUCUCCAGAGAUGUUCAAAGUCCUAUCAAUUGAAGUAACCAUCAAUCCUCCCAAUAUGUAA